UUACGGCAAUUAUCCCCCUGAUGAUUAUACCUUCAUAGAGCGAGAGCAUUGGGAGGAGUUUCUGAUCCAGAUGGGGACUCCGGAAGCUAAGGCUUUGAGCGAUAAGAAUAGGGAUAUACAGAAGAAGAAUUCCUAUCCGCAUUUUAUGGGCCGAGGUGGAUAUGCCAUGCUUUUGCGUGAGUUGGCAGUUGGUUCUCAGGCCAACACUAGUACUUCUGCUGAUAUCGCUGGUUCGUCUACAGAGAAGAGUUCUCAGCUGGGACGAGAGGACACUUGGUUGCGAGGUCACACCCCGGGGAGGCAGGCAGAAGUUACGGACCCUGCACUGAUGGAGAUUCGUGAUAGGAUAGUUCAGCUAAAGAAAGAGGUCGCAGCCGGUACCUUUGUUCCAAAUGGGCACAAUGAUGUACUGACUAGAGCUUUAGGGUCUGCCGAGCACCCAGGACGGACGAGGGGUGUUGGGUCAUAUUCGGGCUUACGUAAAUUUUUUAAUGGCAACAUGAAGCCUCGUAAGCCCGAAGGUAACUAUUUGACUGAGGAUGAUCUUUUGCAGCGUCUUCCUUCCCUUCUGCAGCAGUAUGGACUAUCUGUGUCCGGGAGUGCUCCAGAAGGGGCAUCCAUGUCGCAGCACACACCGUCUGUACCACCUCAUUAUGAGCUUCAGCGUAGUAGCAAGGCGUCUACAGAUUUUGUUGACGUUGCCGGUGUCACUGAGGUUUCUCCUUGUUACUUGAGGAUCUCUGAUCCAUCAGAUUACAUAGUGGCACAUGGAUCGGUUUUCCCACGUGCACUGGGAGAUAUGGUGCACGGUGUUCCCCUCCUUCCCCACCAGGUUAAGGUCUCUGUGACCCUUGUGCUUCCUGGAAUGGGUGAAUAUACCAUUCCUUGUCCGACUGAGCAUAUAGAGACUGUGGCCGAUUGCUUGGGGAGCUUCGUUGCAUGGCCUAAGUCAUUGGUGGGCAUUGGAGAUUUUCGGCCCUCCCCUUACGCCGAACCACCACUUGCGCCGCCGUCUCCCUCCUCUCUUCACGGCCGGCAGCUUCCUCCCCCUCCUACAAUGGCCGAAAGUGAAAUCACCUCUCAAUCCUCCACCCAAAAAUCUCCACAUCUGGCUUUCUCCGUCUCUAAUGUCAAACUCCAUGUUCCAAUCCAACUCAGCUUUUCUCAACCAAACUACAAAAAGUGGAGCCGCUUGUUCCUUCUUCUUGCACGGCGGUUCAACCUUCAGGGUUAUCUCAACGGUUCUAUUGCUCCCAUCUCCGACGACGAUGAUGAAUGGUUUCAGCUCGACGCCAUCCUCCAGGGCUGGAUUCUCUCCACCAUCACUGAUGAAGUUUCUGAUCUAGUUCUUUCCUCUGUUUCUACUGCUUCUGCUCUAUGGACGCCCAUGGGCACGGCCUACCUGCUCCUAUAUGUUGAUGACAUUGUACUGACGGCAUCCUCCGCUACACUUCUCCAGAGUCUCAUUCAGCAGCUUAAGGCUGAAUUCUCCAUGACAGACAUGGGCGACUUGCAUUUUUUCCUCGGGAUCAAUGUGCAUCGUACUGCCACUGGCCUCUUCUUCCACCAGACUCAAUUUGCCCACGACAUUCUUGAGCGGGCAGGGAUGGUCUCCUGCCGCCCCAUCUCUACUCCAGUGGACACGAAGGCAAAACUAUCUACCACGGCUGGCUCGGCUCUCUCCGACCCCUCUUUUUACAGGAGGUUGAUUAUGCUCGUGAGGCAAUACGGGGCGACAAAAUGGGCGCAGAUCGCGGAGAACAUGGUCGGUCGAGCUGGGAAGCAAUGUCGUGAGAGGUGGCACAACCAUCUUCGUCCCGAUAUUAAGAAAGAUGGAUGGAGUGAAGAAGAAGAGAGGAUGCUGGUAGAAGCCCACCAAAAGCUCGGCAACAAGUGGGCCGAGAUCGCCAAACGCAUACCCGGAAGGCCCGAAAAUGCAAUCAAGAAUCACUGGAAUGCCACCAAAAGGCGGCAGAAUUCGCGCAGAAAGGGCGCGAAGAAUGCCAACAAAAAUAAUCCAAGCCCCAACAAGUUAUCCACCGUUCUUCAAGACUACAUUAGGGCCAAGUGCCUCGGCACGGCUGGAGUCGCCGUGCCCGAGGACGACCCGUCAUCUGUCCACUUCGCGUCGGACGAGGACGACGAAUUGGACUGCAACGAGUCGUCCUCGUUGUUGGCGACUGAGCAGACGCACGUCGAGGAGAUGAACUUCAUGGAAACCCUAUUUGGGAAAACCGCACCUCCCGACAAUGACCACAAGAUUGCGGGUGGUUUGACGCCAAUGCCGGUGUUUGGUGACUCGAUCAUCGCUACGCCGCCAUCACCACCGCCGCAAGCUAGCCAGUUCUGGAGUCACGACAACAACUACAUCUCGUAUUUGUUGGAUGGGGGCACGCCACCUUCGUCGUCGUCGUCCAAUGGCGACGGUUGCUAUGAAGGGCGCAAAGUCCGGGACACAGACCGAUUUACGAUGAUGAAGUAUUGCAAUGGCGGCGAAUUAUCGCCGCCAUCCUCCUCAAGUGGCGCCGGGGCUUAUAAGAACAAGGAUAUUGACUUGAUGGAGUUGGUCUUUCCUUCUCAUUUCUCCUAAUAAGUACCAACAACUUCAAUUCCUAUUUUAUUAUGUGACGCACUUCUUGUAUGUUUUAUUAUGUUGUUAAUUUCUAUGAAUUACUAAGUUAAACUGAGUGGGAAAGCCUAAUAUGAAUACACUUGUGUUUCAUGA